AUGGACUACUUGAGAGGUGAGUGGUUGCCAUGCAGGGAAAGGUGGGCAAAUUGCUACACCAAUCGCAUCUUUCAUAUCGGUAACACGAGCACAAAUAGGGUAGAGUCGAUGCAUUCCUCCUUGAAGAAAUGGCUUGCCACUUCGACCCACAAGAUCGAUACACUCUUCCUCAGGUUUCACACAUCCGUCAACGGAAGGGUGAUUGAAUUGAGGAAGGACUUGGAGGAUUCACUUUUCAAGGUGUUUGCAUUAGCCUAUGGACCGCCAUAUGUUAACCUGAAUACUACAGUGAGCUUGUGGGAAGUUGAGUUACUGAUGGAAGAACGAGAGAGGAAAAUUGUUCAGGGAUGUGGAUGUCGGAUACAUGAAACACAUGGCCUACCAUGUAAAUGUAAGAUGGAUGAAUUGAGUGUUGCUGGCGUGGAGUUGCACCACCAUCACUUACAUCCAUUCUGGUCAUCUUUGGUGUAUGAGAGUCCUCCCGAUCUUGCAUAA